AAUGCGAUACAUACGUACCUUUAUUUAUUUCGAGAUUAUACACAUAUCCCCGAGAUCACGGGAUCCCUCUUCUUUGGGAAAAAUAGUGUGUGGUGAACAUGAUAUUUAAUUUGACUUCAUUCCUCUCGACGAUUUUAACAACUCGUGAAUGAAUCGAUUCCAAGUUUUUUAAAAGUUUAAACUUUUCUUUGGAAAGGGGUGAAAUUAUAGAAGAAUAGAAUUUUGUGUGUGGGUUUUUUGUUCGUGGUAUACGAAAUAAAUAGCUGGACUGGAGGAGAAGGAGGCGUCGUGAUAAUUUGUGGCGUGGCGUGGCGUGGGUGUAGAACACGUUGCUUUGUACUUUUAAAACUUUUCACGGAAUUAACAAGAUGUUCACGGAGAAGACGAAGUUGGUGGAGAAGAGGGAAAAUCCCUUUUACGGGAGUUACAAGGAAAAAAAUAUUGCGGAAGAGAUUCACUGGCAGAAUAAGAGGAAACGCCAGCAAUUGGCCAUGGUGUCGGCCGUGAUCUUGAUCUUGGUCAUUCUCUCGAUCGGGAUCACAUUGGCCAUCACGCUGCCUCCCAUGCUCGAAAUCUCCAUGUUAGAUCCUGCCGACCCUGACGAUUUCCUAUCCCCGUCACCCUCCGUUCUCAGACAGCUCCAAUCGGCCGGCGUCAGUUCGGAGUCUGCUCUUUGUUCCGAAAUGGGAAAAACCGUUCUCGAGGCUAAAUCCGGCUCUGCUGUGGAUGCCGCUGUCGCCGUGACGUUAUGUCACGGAGUAACGAAUCCGCAAAGCAGUGGGCUUGGGGGAGGUCUGUUUAUGGUCAUUUACACAGGAAACGAGACCUGGGCUGUGAAUGCGAGAGAAAUUGCACCCGCACUCGCAGAUCCUGUCGUGUACGAGAGAGAUCCCAACGCUGCGAGUCGAGGUGGUCUGUCCGUGGGCGUGCCGGGUGAAUUGGCCGGGUUGUGGGACGUUCAUCAAAAGUUUGGCAAAGUUCCGUGGUCCGAACUUGUUCAACCCGUCCGACUUUUGGCGGAGGAGGGCUUCGCCGUCUCACCGCAGUUGGCAAGGUCUCUCCAAGAGCAUGCAAAUAAGAUUAAGGGGGAUUCUGUCCUGAGAUCGGAGUUCGUGAACCCCUCCACGGGCGAAGUUUGGCUUGCGGGCGAUCUUUUAAAACGGUCCAGAUUGGCAACCACCCUCCUCGACCUGGAACAGAAUGGAGUGACGGGAUUCUACAAUGGCACCAUCGCGGCCGAGAUUGUUCGCGAAAUCGGGGCUUCUAAGGGAAUCAUCAAUCUAGAAGAUUUGGCUAGCUAUAGCGUGGAAUGGGAAUCUGCUUUCGAAUAUGGUUUGACUAGCAAUUUGACGCUGCACUCGCUCUCGUUCCCCUCCAGCGGACCCGUGAUUGCUCUCGCCUUGGGAAUUCUGCACGGUUUCGGAAAGCGCCAUUCAGCCGACCUUGUUGACCCAGUCGAAAGAGGACUCGAUGAACACCAGUUGGCCGAAGUGCUCAAGUUUGCAAAUGCUCACAGAUCCCUUAUCGCAGAUCCAGACUACACCGACAUGUCCGAGAUCAUGGACCAAUUAUUAUCCGUCGAUUACGCUAACGAACUCCGCGCCAUGAUCGACCCCUACAAGACGUUCGACGAUCCGAAGCAUUAUGGAGCCGUGUACUCCCUAAUUCCGGAUAAAGGAACGUCUCAAAUUUCCAUCCUGGGAACACAAGGGGAUGCCGUGUCCGUCACGACGUCAAUAAAUCUCGGAUUCGGAGCAGGAUUUAUGGGCGACAAAACUGGGAUAAUUUACAACAACGUGAUGCGUGAUUUUUCCAUUGGAAAUACCACCGAUGUUUACGGACUCGCUCCCAAUCAGCUUAAUGAAGUUGAGCCAGGAAAAAGACCGGCAUCCUCGAUGGCUCCCUUAAUUGUGGUGAAUGAUCAAGGUCUUCCCGUUCUGGCGACGGGAGCCUCGGGUGGAGUGCAAAUUCUCAGUGCGCUCAUUUCGACCUCUUGGCGUUCUCUGUAUCGCUACCUGGACAUCAAGUCGGCCAUCGACUACCCCCGUUUCAUGCCCUCCUUCCACCCAACCCAAGUCUUCUACGAGUACGGCCUCCCCCUCCCCGUCGUCGCGGAGAUGAAGCGACGCGGCCACAAAAUGACGCGUCUCGACACUGUCGCCGACAUUGCCGUCGAAACGAUCGGAAACGUCAACUCGGUUUGUCGCGUGAAGCACAACGAGAUGCUUUUAGCCAAUGCGGACGCUCGGAAAAAUGGAGAAUCUGCAGGAUUUUAAAUUCUUCCUUUCUUUUUAAAUUUCCCAGUUAAUUAAUUUUAACCCAACGAACACUUAACUAAUUUUUCCGACCAGAAAUGAAUGGUCGGGAAUAAUGAUGAAAGUAAAUAAAUAAAGACGCGAACGUGUGAUUGUGAUAGAAAGAA